AUGGAUGUCAUUGGUCCAAUAGAGCCAGCUGCCUCCAACGGACACAGAUUUAUUUUGGUUGCUAUUGACUACUUCACCAAAUGGGUGGAAGCAGCUUCGUAUAAGUCGGUAACCAAGAAAGUCGUAGCUGAUUUUGUUCGCAACAAUCUGAUAUGCAGGUUUGGCGUGCCAGAAUCCAUCAUUACUGACAAUGGAGCAAAUCUCAAUAGUCACUUGAUGAGAGAGAUAUGUGGACAAUUCAAGAUUACUCAUCGGAACUCAACGGCCUAUCGCCCCCAAAUGAAUGGAGCUGUAGAAGCCGCCAACAAGAAUAUAAAGAAGAUUCUGAGAAAAAUGAUUGAUAAUCGCAGAGGUUGGCAUGAGAUGCUACCAUAUGAUUUGUUGGGCUAUAGAACGACUGUCAGAACAUCGAUUGGGGCCACUCCAUACUUGUUAGUAUAUGGAACGGAAGCAGUUAUACCUGCAGAAGUUGAAAUACCUUCAUUAAGAAUCAUCCAGGAGGCUGAGUUGGAUGAUGCUGAUUGGGUUCGCAAGCGGAUGGACCAGUUGACCUUGAUUGAUGAGAAAAGAAUGGUUGCUGUUUGUCACGGUCAACUUUACCGACAGAGAAUGAUUCGUGCUUUUCAUAAAAAGGUAAGAUCCAGAACGUUUGAGGUUGGUCAGUUGGUUCUCAAACGUAUCUUUCCUCACCAAGAUGAAUAUAAAGGGAAAUUUGCUCCAAAUUGGCAAGGACCCUACAUGGUUCGUAAAGUGUUACCUGGAGGUGCUUUGAUCCUGUCGGAGAUGGAUGGAACGGAAUGGCCAAAGCCAAUCAACUCAGAUGUUGUCAAGAGAUAUUAUGUGUGA